GACGGAGGAGGAUGGGGUUCGUGUCGCUGCUGGUGGUGGCGUCGACGCCGGUGGUGGAGGUGCUCCUCGUGGCCCUCCUCGGCGCCUACCUCGCCUCCCCGCGCUGCGGGCUCCUGGACCCCUCCGCCCGCGCCGACAUCAACCGCGUCGUCUACGCCGUCUUCACCCCGGCGCUGCUGCUCGCCAGCCUCGCCUCCACCGUCACGCUCCAGGACACCCUCUCAUGGUGGUUCAUGCCCGUGAUUGAACAUCGGCAUCAUCUUCUUCGCCGGCGGGGUCCUGGGGUGGCUGGCGGUGCUCAUCCUCAGCCCGCCGCCGCACCUCCGCGGGCUGGUUAUUGCGUCGUGGUGGGGGGAGAGCCACUACAGGGGGUCGCGGUCAGAAAAAGCGCACCCUCACCGACUUAGGGGUG